GUUGUCCCUCUGCGUCUUCUUCCCAACAACAACAACACCCGCACCUCUUCUCCUUUGCGUACUGCUUUUGCGCUGCUUGCUGUUUGUUUUGCCGCACCUUGCUUGCUCGGACUUGGUGUGCGUGUUCACUGGGAAGCAAAGGGUGAAGGAUGGAUCGCAGCGAGCGCCUUGAGGAAGAGGCGCCCAUCGCCAACGGCGUCGCGCAUCACAAGGACGAGAACGACGGCACAGGCGUCCCGGAAUGGGUGAGGUUCGAGGACCUCAAGAUCGUGCAGGAUGAGAAGAACCGCAUGGAGGACAAUCUCACCCUGGCGCAGGAAGAAAACCAGCGCCUGAAGCAUGAGAAGGAAGAGCUCAUGCACAUGGUGGCUGUCGCCGAGGAGCGCGCCAGUGAGCUGGAGCAGGAGAACGCGCGUCUGCAUGACGCCGUCAAGGACCUGGAGAGCGACCUCUCCACCGUGUUUGACCAGCUCAACAACGCAAAUGCCGGUGCCAACGACAGCGGCAGCGGCAGCGAGCCAGCCACCCCAAGCACGGGCGACGCCAACGCCAGCAUGGACAGCAGCGUGGCGCAACUCCAGGACCAGCUGCGCCAGGCCAGGGACCGUGAGGCGGACCUCACCUCGAAACUCAACGCCGCGCUCCAGACCAUCGCCGAUAUGGAGGAGACGCACGCGGCAGCAGCCGCAACGCACCACGACACCGCGCAGGACAACGAAGACGAGUCUGGAUCCGCGCUUGACGAGCGCAACGAGGAGACAGCACGCCUCGUGGCGCAGCUGCAGCAGCAGGUUGAGUCGCUCACCGCGGAGCACGACGAGGACAUGCGCAAGUACGCGACGGAGGCGCAGUCCACCAUCCAGGAGCUGCAGGCGCACGUGGCCGAGCUCAACGACGAGACGGUUCGCCUGAGCAGCGAGCUCUCUGCGCGGGAAAAGGAGGUUGCGCACCUGCGCAAGCGCGCGGCAGCGACCGCGUCAGCAGCCGCCAUGGACACGGGGGCGCCUGGCACGCCUUCGCGUCCAACCUCCGCCGACAAGCACCGGCGGCCGUGGCGCCCACCGUCUGCAACGGGCAACAGGGCGGACAACCUGGAUGACAGCAGGGAGUAUGCGAAGAUGAACCGCCCGCAGCUGCUCAAGACGGUGGACCACAUGCACGAGGAGAUCCAGUGGCUCAACGCCUGCCUCACCGCCGUCCGCGAACACAGGCGCGAUGAGCACGUGCGCCUUCCAAAGCGACGCAAGGAGGAGUUUGUCUUCGCCACUGAAUCCCGGGCAAAGGAGAAAGAGCUGCACAAGAACAUGCACAUCAUCAUCGACUAUCUCCAAAAGCUCGACGUCCCACCAGAGGCACCAACAUGGCGGCAGCUCGUGGUGAUGUACCAGACGUGCCAGGAGCUCACGGACAAAGUCAUCAAGACCGAGGGCGAGCUUGAUGAAGCAAUUGGAGAGCUCGAUACGCUGCGAAAUGUCCUCGGCGUGCAGGAAGGCAUGAGCAGCAUCAACGCAGCCCGCGUCCUCAUCUCAAAGCUCAAUGACGUCGAGGCCGACAACGAUGCACUCAAGGAGGAGCUGCAACACGCCAGGGACGUGCACGCCCACGACAAGACUGCAUUUGAUGAGCAGCUGAACGAGCUUGACCAGCAGCUGAUGAAGCAGGGUCAGGAGUACGACGAGACGCUCAAGAUGCUGGAGGUUGAGAACUCCCAGCUCAUCUCAGACCUGGAGCACCGGCUGGCUGCAAUGACGGAUGCAAAGGAGGCGCUGCACGACGAGCUCGACCGCAUCCUGCGUGACCUCGAGCGCGCCGCAGGAACAACGCCCGACGCAAGCACAAAGACCAAGGUGGAGCGCUGCAUGGAGCACAUUCGCGGCGUGCAGGCGUCUGUGCCGCGUGGCGAUGCUGUCUCCACUGCCAUCCCCACCUCGUCACCAACGCGGCCACGCAGCGCCCACUCCAUGCACACGCUCAGCCCGUCGUCGUCGCAGCGACUGGCACCGGCGCGUGCAGCCAUCAACCGCUCGCCACACCGCGCACCCGAGGUCGUGGGCGCUGCGAGCGUUAUCGCGCAGGCCCGCGGCGCGCUGGGGAGCACAUCAGACUCGAGCUCGGCGCUGACGGGGCUGAAGCAGCACAUGGUUGAGCAGGAACGGCGGCACCAGGAGGAGCUUCGCGACCUCAUGCGCCACACGGAGGAGCUACAUGCGCGGCAGAAGACGCGCUUGCAGGAGCUGGCCGCCGCGCACGACGCGAGCGAGGACAGCCUGUACAAGCGCAUGCUGGAGCUUGAGGUUGAGGCCGAGAACACGGCGCGGCAGCGGGACGAGGUGGAGGCGCAGCUGCGCAUUGCAGAGGCAAAUGUCGCACGGCUGCAGGCGGCAACAGAGGACAACCAUGGGCGGGCGCUGGAGCUGGAAGCCAACUUUGAGGCGGAGGUGCAGGGCCUGCAGGAGGUGCUGCAGCGGGAGAAGGAGCAGCACGAGCAGGAGGUCACGCGGCUGCAGGGGAUGGUGGACAGCAGCUCCGAGGCGCUGGUGCGGGAGUGCCGUGCACUUGAGCAGCAGCUGCAGCGGCAGGAGGAGACGAGCAGGGAGAAGGACAAGGAGAUUACGCGGCUCAUGGGCGAGUUCAGGAACAUGCGCGACGCACACGAGAAGCAGUACGAGGAGCUGGAGAAGAGCCACGAGGAGGAGAUGGUGGGCGUGCUGCGGCGCCACGAACAGGAGCUGCAGAAGCAGGGCGACGCGCUGCAGGAGGCCUACGACACCGUGCAGGGCCUCGCCAAGCGGGAGAAGGAACUGUCAGAACGGGAGAAGGAGCUUGCGGCAGAGGUGGACUCCCUGCAGCGGCGCCUGCAGCAGGAGCAGGAGCAAGCGCUUGAUGAGCGUGAGCGGCAGCAGCAGGAGCACGAGCGCGACGUGGCCCACUUGCAGGAGAUGGUGGAGGCCAUGAAGACACGCCACGCACGCGAGGUGGAACAGCUGCAGCACGACAUUGCCGCGGCACAGGCGGACACCGCUGCCCAGCAGGACCGCGCCCAGGCGUUUGCAACGGCACUGGACCUCAAGGAGGAAGAGCUGGCGUCGGCGCGCGAGGCGUUUGAGGAGGAGCGGAAGACCUUCAAGGAGGCUGGCGACCGGCUGCGGCGCAACGUGGAACAGCUGGACGCGGAGGUGUCGCACCUCAAGGCGCAGCACGGCGCAGAGUCGCGCGAGCUGAGUGCCGCCAACACGCGGCAGUCGCGUGCACUGGAGGAGGCCCAGGAGGCAAAGGCGGCGCUUGAGCUGCGUGCACAGGCGCUGCAGCGGGAGCUGACGUCGACGCGUGCGCAGCUGGAGUCUGAGCUGGCGCGGGAGCGAGAGGCGCACGACGAGAACGUGAUGCGCGAGCGGCAGCACCGCGCGGACACGGAGGCAGCCCUGCAGCGGAAGGUGGGGCGCCUUGUUGAGGAGCGGGAUGCGCUGAAGCAGGACGUGGAGCGCCUGACCGCACAGCUGCAGGACACCAAGGCGGCGUCCACGCGCCUGACGGACGAGACGAGCACGGAGAUGGCCACACUGCGCACACGGCACGCGGCCGAGGUGGAGAAGCUGGAAGAUGACCUGCGACGCAGCGAGGCGGAGCGGUCGGAGUUUGGGGCCGAGCUGCAGGCCCUGCGCGACAGCGUGCGGCGGUACUUUGACGAGGUCACGCGCAAGCAGCCCGCUGGGGACGCGCAGGCGAAGGAGCCCGUGGAGCAGCUGCGCACCAUCGCGCGCACGUUCUCGGACACGGCGCAGCAGCGGGACGCGCUGGAGGCGCGCGUGCGGGAGCUGGAGAAGGCGGCGGGGGACUACCGGGAGCAGGUGGACCAGCUGCGCGAGGACGUGGCAGCCAAGGAGGAGCAGGUGUCGCGGCUGCAGUCCAACGAGCGCGCGGGGAAGAACAACGCGGCUGCGCUGGAAACGCGGCUGAGCACGACGACGGAGCGGGCCGAGGCGCUCGAGCGGGAGAACGGCGAUCUUCGUGCGCGCAUCACGGCGCUGCAGGAGGAGCUCGGUGACCAGGCCGCCGCCGCCACCGCCAACCAGGCGCAGUUGAGCGCCGUGCUGGACUCUGUCAAGCAAGGGUUCUCCACGGAGAAGCAGAACUUCCACAAGCAGAUGGAAGGGCUGCGGGCGGAGCUGUACGAGGCGCAGGACCGCAUCAGCGACAUGCGCGGGCAGCUGCGCGACACGGAGGCCGUGCUGGACAGGGUGCGCGGAGAGCACGCUGCUGCCGCUGUGGAGCGUGACGGGCUGAAGCAGGCGCUGCAGGCGGAGACGAGUCGCCGGGAGAAGGCGGAGGAGGAGGCGUCGUACGCGUCGCGCGAGGUGGCCCGCCUCAACGCAGAGGUGACGGAGACCACGGCGCAGGCGCGCAACAAGCAGGGCGAGCUGGACCACGUGUCGUCGCUGCUCAGCGCCGUACAGGCGGACCUGGAGCGCGCGCGGGACAGCGAGGACAAGCUGAAGGAGGACGUGGCACGCAUGCGCGGGGAGCUUGAGCAGGCGAGCGGGCAGCUGACCGAGCACGAGGCAGCGCAGCAGCGGCACCGCAACACGGCGUACGAGGUGGAGGUGCUUCGGCGGGAGGUUGACGAGCAGCGGCGCGAGCUGGAGCGCGCGCAGCAGCAGAACCUGCAGCAGAAGGCGCAGGCGAACAGGGAGAAGCGCAACAACGCGGCCGUGAUUGCGGACCUGGAGCGGCAGAUUGAGGUGCUCAAGGCGCGGCACGCCAAGGAGCGGGAGGCGCUGGUGAGCAUGGACGCCAACCUGCGGCAGCUCAACGAGGACAAGGCCAAGGCGGACCGCGAGACGAGCCGGCAGCGGGAGGUGAGCAAGAACCUGCAGUCGCAGCUGAUGCAGCAGGUGUCUGCGGUGCGCGAGAAGGAGCGGCAGGUGGUGACGCUGAAGAAGCGCGUGGCCGCGCUGGAGGACGACAUUGCCAAGCUGCAGAUGCAGAAGCGCUCGCUGGAGUCGCGCACGCGGCGUGACCAGUCCCGUCUGGCCACUGACCUGCAGCGGCACCUCGAGGCCCAGGACCGCAGCAUGCGUGUGCUGGACAGGGCGCGCGAUCAGUCGCUGCUGAUGAACACGACAGGCGGUGGCGGUGGCGGUGGCGGCAGUGGCCUGCACGGCAACACCAGCAUGACGUCGUCCGGUUAUGACCCGCGCCUGAGCGGGCUUGGUUCGCAGGUGCGACGGCUCGGCGCGCAGAUUCGACAGGAGCGGCUGGAGGCAGACAACUCUGCUGUCUUCUCCUCCACGCUGACCAAGAACCCAUCGUCUAGCCACCAGUCCGCAACAGGCACACCAAUGCCUGCGGCACGCACCAACGCCCAGAGCACCAACGCUGACGGGACGCUAUUCCUGAACGACGAGAGCCAAGUGACAGACUUUGAUGUUACAAAGGAGCAGCCUUGAACCAAGCAAGCAUGUGGAGUGGAGCUGAACGUGACGUACCGAGGGUAUCACAUCACUAUCUUUGAGCUUUGGGUUGUGCCUCUAUGUGUGUGUGUGUGUGUGUGUGUGUGUCAGUAUGUGUGUGUGUGUCUGCGU